AGUGGAGGAGAAUUUGCGAUGAAUUGGUAUUCUGGUGAUGUGAGUCAAUGCAUCAAGGAAGUAAAGGCUACUAAAAAACUCCUUUUGGUAUUUUCGAGAGAUAACGAUCACAUUUCCAGCGAAUCUUCUACUGCACUCAAUGCCAAAGACGUUGCCAUGCACUGUCAAAAUGUGGUCUGUUUGCAGUUACAGUCAGGAUCGGUGUCUUAUCACCACUUUGAAUCUGUUUACAACGUUCCUUCUCUACCUUGCAUCCACAUUAUCUCCCCAUCGGGCUUGGUUCUGAGCGUGAAAACUACAGGCUUUUCUGUGGAGGAGAUCACAUCGUGGCUUUCUGAGAAUCUGGCAUCAUUUGAGUCUGCCAAGGGUUUGACAAAUGAAGUGAGAGAGGUACAGGAGUUCGCGCUUGAGAAAGGUAAAUGCGACAAUUCGCCCGAAGCUUGCGUCCCCGAUUUACAUUUUCCAUUGUCAAACCAAGUGAAUUCCAAUCUAGCCUCUAGCGAUGAGCCUGCUGCUCCGCGAUUGGAAGAGAAGGAAGCUGCAUUGGAGUUGCCUAAUGCACUGCCUGAGGAUGAAUUUGCUUCUUCGCCUUUGAUUUCAUCUUAUCGACCAGAUAGUUUGGGCGGUUACUCAGAUUUGGGUUGUCAACGAGAUCGGGAGACAGUGCAAGGAGAAGGGAUUCUUCAAACUGAAUGGGUUUCGUCUGAAGCUCGGUUGGAAGCUGACACUUCUGUCUUGCCUUAUCAGUCCGGUAAUAAUCUGAAUGAAAGAAUCGAGCAUGCUCGUCAACUAUUGGAGGCGAGGAGGCAGGACAAAGCUGUGAAAGCCUUUCAGGAGACUCACGAGUCGGAGUUGAAACGGCGCGAUCUUGGACGCGAUAUGGCGAAGUUUAAGCGUCAAAAGCAAGAACAAGAGAUUCGUGAGCGCCUAGAGGAACAGAAACGCGAAAAGGCCGAAAAGCAGGCAGCUCGUCAGCGCAUCCUUACCCAAAUUGAAUUAGAUAGGCGUGACCGUCUAGGGAUUUCUGCCCCCACAGUCGCCGCUCCAAAGUGCGGCACUGCUCCUCUUACUAGUGCUGUUGACCCGAACGAGGUGCGCCUGCAAUUGAGGUUGCCUGAUGGCUCUCACAUGGUUGGCGUGUUUGCAGCCGACGCGCAUCUUGGCCUAGAAGUACGCCAGUACAUAAGCGCUCGGGUGGAAGGUACUCCAACUUCGGGAACCUUGGCGGUGGCGCCUAUUAGCGACAUUGUUCGUGCCUCGUUUGCUCCAGUUCUCGCCUCCGGCUUCACCUUCCGCCAGACGCGCCCUAAUCCGCCGCGACAUUUUUCUCCCGAUGAUGAAACUGCUAAAACCCUGCGAGAGCUUGAUCUCUGGCCCUCUGCUGUCCUUAUGUUGCAUAGUGACAAAUGCAAGCCUACUACAGACGGUGCUCUUGCAGGAUGCUCAUACAAUGUGCUUUCUCGUAUGGCGGGCCUCGUUUGGGGAAGUGUUCAAAGCAUCGGCGAUAUGCUCUUUUACUUCGGUGAUGGUUUGAUCCAAUUAGGCCGAAGUACUUGGCAGAUUCUCUUCAAUACUGGUAGUGGGCGCACCGUUGGUCAGGCCCGGGCUGCCAACCCUACUACCUCAACUCGGCCUCUUCCGUCCACUGAUGAGCGAUUUGAAAGAAGUGCGUAUCGGCGGCAGGUAUGCUGUUAUUUUCAGCUGUACAAGGCCAACUGCUUGAUUUCCUCCCACCUUACUUAUAAUCAGCGCUAUUUACGUGUCGUUUCUGGGGGUUGGCGCCGUCACAAUGGAUUCUAUUUCCAAAACUCGAAUUUCCCAAUUAAGCACGCGAUGCUUAUCACUGCUGUCUUUAUGUCCGUUCAGGUGACCGAGAAGUUUGGAUAG